GAUGGCAGAGCAGCAGCGGUGAGUCCAGAUGAGAAUUCAAGACAAAAAGCAAAUAUGACCAAUGAUCUGGACUCACGGAUUCUGGGUCAAACCUCGGCAAUCAUCACUGACCUUAAAGAAGACAUCCGUCGCCUAAAAGCCGAGCUGGAGAUGAAAGACGCUCUUCUCUCAAAGUUUAUGGAGGUCUCCUUUGUGCAGUCCAAGCGGCUAACCUCGCUCAGCGCCGCUCUCCAGGACACAGCUCCGUGGGAUCCAUCCACCUGCCCGCGGCCUUCUUCCUUCUCCACUCCCAAACAAAGGUCCCUGGAUGAAGACGUGGUGGUCCGAUUGCCCAGAAGAAGCUUUGAUGAGACUCAAAAGCCAGUUCCGCUGAGUCUCUCAAACCGCUUCGCCAGUCUGGCUGUGGAUUCUCCAGGUCCUCCUGCAGCGAACACAGCGGCGUUGUUUCCACCUGAUCUGGGCUCUAUCGUCGACUUUCCCGCUCUUCAGAAAGAGGCCGCGGAGAUCCCGGUGGAACACGGAAGGACCGCGGCGAGCAGCGACCCGGCUCGAGCACCGAGGAUUACCACGAAAGCCUCGUCCGCUCCUGACAGGCAUUACAAGCUGGACCUCCCCGCAUCCUCCUGGCCAACAACAUCUUCCUCAACAUCUUCCUCCCGCCGUCGGAUCCUGAAGGAGGCUGUCCGGUUCCACUCUAGCGGGGCCCGCGCCCCGCCACCAUCGCAGACGGCAGACCGACAUCAAGGUGAGGCUGCCGCCGCGGUCAUGCGGGUCCGCUC